CAUUGAUUAUGACCAUUGAUACCUUUGCAUCCAAUACAGAAAGCUUAACAUGAAACAUACUAUUAUUAGAUUAUCCAAAUAGGACAUAUCUCGGACAUUUAUGUGACAUAUCAAUGAUGGAGAUGGUGUAUACAGAUGAGAUCUUGAAAAAGAAGGCAGAUGUUUGUGGACAGCUUCAAAGAGCAGUCGUCCAAUUCUGUGAGCAGACAUAUGCAGGAAUCACUCACAGCAACAUGGAAGUGGAUGGCAUCAUCUGUAUUUCCUUUUCCAAUUCCUAUGACCAACAUGUUGUUAAAAUACACGAGAGGUUAGGAAAAGGAAGGGAGGAAUCCACUGCUAGGAGAGAGAAUCACAGUGAUUGUUUGAAUACUGAUAUAGACAAAGGAAAUGAAGAAAAAACCCAAUCUCCAUGUAGAAAUUACAACAGAAUUUCUGAUAAAAGUGUGGUUUCUGCUUCUCAAGAUGACAUUGAUGUUUCAUCUUACAAUGAACAGGAAAAUAUCACUAUUCAGUUUGAUUCCAAUAGACAUGUAGAAAGGUUUAGUGAUGAAAAUAUUGAGGAAAAUGUAGCCCAAAAUGAAACAUUGUGUGAAGUAAUGGAGAAUGGUACCAAACUUAAAAAGGAAUCUCCCCAAUCUGGUGCAGGUACAAACAAAAGAAAGAAACAAUUUGUAGAAUCUGUGGAAGGAAAUUAUGUGAUAGUUAAAGUGGAGCCAGAGGAUUUGGAUGCUGAAGAGCAGGCAAACUUAAAGGACAACAAUAUUGUUCAAAGUUGUUGUAGCCAAACUUUAAAGACAGCAUCUUUCUCUCCAAAGAGCGGCAGCUAUAUUCGUCAGGAUUCUGUGGAGAAGUUGUCUGUUGUAGAUGAUAGCAAUGACACAAUGUACAUGGUUACUACAGAUUUUCACCCCAGCACUAGCUGUACUGAAACAUAUCCUUACCAACCAUCUAUCAAUAACUGUAAGCCUGGGGAUAGAAGCAGUUUUUCCCAAAGAGAUUCUAUGGCACGUUCUGUUGACAGUCAUCACAUGCCAUCCACACAGGAUGUAACUGAUCUGAAUCAUCAUACAGAUGUGAAUUAUGAUCUUACAGAAGACCGUUAUUCUCAGGAUUCUGUUGUCCUAGAUCCCAGUUGUACAAAAUUGACAAACAAAAAGUCAAAGAGACGAAGCUCUGGGUCAAUAAAACCAAAUACUGAGGAUUUCGAUCCAAAUGUCUUUCAAAAUUUCAGUUUACCUUUGGCUCCACUGGAUCCUAUGCCUGUUCCUCAUCCUGUUGGAUUGUCAUCAACAAGUGUAGGGAGUGGCUUCAGUUCCGACACACAGUCAAGUCUGUCAUCACCGUAUUAUAAUUACAACAGUAAUUCCUACUCAAGCAGCUUUUGUGUGUCAAGUGCUAGUAGUCAGUUGCUUGGUUCAAAAUCAAGACUCUCUUCGUCCAUUAGACCUCACAGUAAUUACAAUAACAAAGGAAGAACCAGUGCCUUAUCACAUGCCAAGCGUGCGACUUCAGUCGUGAUGCCCAGAAGUGCAAAUUUUUCUUCAAAACACACGAAGAAGAAUCAGAAGUCGUUGGUGUCUAGCAUUGACUCUAAAACACACUUUAACUGCCCACCUUCCGACAGUUUCAUUCCGAGCACCGGUAAUAGUAAGUACAAGGUUGGGCUGUUGGACACGAGUCAGGAAGCACGAGCUGGGCACGAUAAACUGUUUUUCUGUAGAUAUUGUGGGAAAGGAUUUACCAUGAAAUGUACAAGAAGUCGACAUGAGAAGACAAUCUGCUCCCCAGCAGGAGCAGGUUCAUAUAGAUGUGAACUCUGUCCAAAGUCGUUUACAAGAUCUGACAGUAGAUAUAGGCACAUGUUUAAAGCUCAUGGUGUCCAGUCCUAAUACAGCACCAUAAGCUCCUCAGAAAGAAUACAGAUGUUUUUUUACCUUUUCUUGCUUUUUUAUUUAUUUGUUUUGAAGUACUGAUAAAGUGGUCAUUUGAGCUGACAAAAUAAUGUUAAAUUUGAAGUGUUAUUUUGUUGAGAUUAAGGUUACUUGUGAUACAGUAAUUGGUUGUAAAGGUGUAUUGUAUAUAAUGUGUAUAGAGUAAAAAUAUUUACAUUGUACGUGUACAUGUUCAAUGUUUGUAAAAUGACAUUGUUAAAUUCUGUGCAAAAUCUUUCAUACAGUGUUUGUUAACCAUUCAUUUUCACUUUUGGUUUGGCUAAUCGAUCGACAUCUUACAAAGGUAGACAUGAAUAGUUUUAGAUAUUACCAUAAAAAUGACAAUCAAGAAUUUUGAUACAAGUAGAACAUUUGAUUAUUUUAAGGAUUGCUAUGUCUGUUGUUGUUGGUGUGAGGUAUAUGUUGCUUAAAGGUUAGAAAGGCUAAUUAUAUGUAUAAUUAUAUACUUGGAAAUUGAUCAUUGAGAACUAUGAGUAAUUUUUUACAGCCAUAGACAAAUUGAAUAUGGAUCAGCUCCACGGACAGGGACAUUUAAACCUGUGUGUGAACAGUAAAGUAGAAAUAUCCCUGUCCAAGAAAUAAACCCAUGUUUGAUUAUUUUUCUCACAAACAAUAAAAAAAAGUUUCAUACUUCCCUCAUAAAUGUAUCAUGAAAUUACAUCAAAGUUGGUUUCAGCAGUUUGCGACAUGGUUAUGCUACAAAUUAAGAUUUAUCCCCAGUAACCACUGUAUCACCCUGUGAAGUAUGUGAGAUAGAGGUAUCCCUAGUAACCAUGGUAUCACCCUGUGAAGUAUGUGAGUUAGAUGUAUCCCUAGUAACCAUGGUAUCAAUAUGUGAAGUAUGUGAGAUAAUUAUCCCUAGUAACCAUGGUAUCAUCCUGUGAGGUAUGUAAGAUAGAGUUGUUCCUAAAGACUAUGGUAUCACCCUGUGAAGUAUGUGAGAUAGAGGUAUCCCUAGUAACCAUGGUAUCAAUAUGUGAAGUAUGUAAGAUAGAGGUAUCCCUAGUAACCCUAUCACCCUGUGAAGUAUGUAAGAUAGAGUUGUUCCUAAAGACUAUGGUAUCACCUUGUGAAGUAUAUGUGAAAUAAGACUUUUAAGUGUCAAAAUCUUAACAAAUUCAAGUUAGAUAAAUAUAAAGCUUUUUUCAUAUUGGAACAUGUCCUAUUUAUCUCAUAAAAUCAAGUAAAAAUUCAGUGGUUUUUAUAAAAAUUGAAGUCAAAGAGACGUGUAUUUUACCAUAUUGAAUAUGUCAGGAUCUCUGUUUUGACGUCAUGUACCAUUGUGACCUUUAACCCUAAAGCUGGAAUGGGUGUGCCAGUGUGACCGUUAACCCUGAAGCUGGAAUAGAUCUCCCAGUGUGACCUUGAACCCUAAAGCUGGAAUAGCUUUCCCAUUGUUUCUUUUAACCCUAAAGCUUGAAUGGAUGUACCAGUGUGACCUUUAACCCUGAAGCUGGAAUAGAUCUCCCAGUGUGACCUAUAACACUAAAGCUUGAAUGGAUGUAUCAGUGUGACCUUUAACCAUAAAGUUUGAAUGGAUGUACCAGUGUGACCUUUAACCCUGAAGCUGGAAUAGGUGUACCAGUGUGAUCUUUGAAUGGAUUCAGAUCAUAAUGAGUUAUUAUCAUCUAAUAUCUAGGAUUUUUUUUGACACAACCACAUGCCAUGUAAUGAUCACUUUGUAGUAGUGCUUGUUGAUGUGUGUGAAAAUAGAAAGUAAAUAACAUGUUUACAAAUCUGUUGAUAAAGCAGGAAACAUUUAAUGUAAGUGCCUUAUAGUAAUAUUGUCUUUUUAAAUGAGUCUUCAUUUGUUAUAGUGUGAAAUAUAAAUAGUACGUUGAAAAUUCAUUUAUAGUACAAGGAGACACUGAGUCUCAUUGACAAUUCAUUAACAGUACAGGUAGAUAUUGAGUCUCAUUGACAAUUCAUUAAAAAUACAGGUAGACACUGAGUCUCAUUGACAAUUCAUUAACAGUACAGGUAGACAUUGAGUCUCAUUGACAAUUCAUUAACAGUACAGGUAGAUAUUGAGUCUCAUUGACAAUUCAUUAACAGUACAGGUAGACACUGAGUCUCAUUGACAAUUCAUUAACAGUACAGGCAGACAUUGAGUCUCAUUGACAAUUCAUUAACAGUACAGGUAGACAUUGAGUCUCAUUGACAAUUCAUUAACAGUACAGGUAGACACUGAGUCUCAUUGACAAUUCAUUAACAGCACAGGCAGACAUUGAGUCUCAUUGACAAUUCAUUAACAGUACAGGUAGACAUUGAGUCUCAUUGACAAUUCAUUAACAGUACAAGUAGACACUGAGUUAUUGAUAAUUCAUUAACAGUACAGGUAGACAUUGAGUCUCAUUGACAAUACAUUAACAGUACAGGUAGAUAUUGAGUCUCAUUGACAAUUCAUUAACAGUACAGGUAGAUAUUGAGUCUCAUUGACAAUUCAUUAACAGUACAGGAAGAUAUUGAGUCUCAUUGACAAUUCAUUAACAGUACAGGUAGACAUUGAGUCUCAUUGACAAUUCAUAAACAGUACAGAUAGACACUGAGUCUCAUUGACAAUUUAUUAACAG